AUGUGGGCUGAUGACGACCACGGGGAAGGCAUGGGAUUUGGAGGUUGUUCGAGAUGUUCUAAUGAGAGGGUUGCGGAGAUGGUGGCAAACUUGCCUCUAUCGAAAUAUGAUCGUAAAGAUGCAUUAUUUUGGGUGGCGGAGAGUUGGGGAAAGUUUAUGGUCAAAAGUUGUUAUAGCGUUCUGGCUGGAGAGUAUACCACGGACGAAUGGUUGGGGUGGACUAAGAUUUGGACUCUAAAGAUACCCCCUAAAGUGAAAAUGUUAAUCUGGCAGACAUGCAACGGAUGCUUGCCCACGACUGAUAUCUUAAGAGGAAGGAGGGUGGACUAUACGGCAACGUGUAGGCUAUGUGACGCCGAGGCUGAAUCAAGUCUCCAUGUGUUCUUCAAAUGUCUAAUGACAAGGGCAUGCUGGAGAUGGAUUGGUGUACGCUUAGAGGGAGUCAGCGUCGAAUCAGUAAGUAUGGGCUUUCAAUUCCUUUUUUCGACCUUGAAUAUGAAUUGGUUGGGCUUUGCUUUGACUCUAUGCUGGAGUGCCUGGCAAUGUCAAAACAAACCUUUGUGGAAUGCGGAAGCUGUAAGUGUUGAUAAGAUUCUGUCGCUAGCUCAGAGUUUCUGGAAUGGGUGGCGUAGGGUUCAUGUGCAUGAUGAGGAGGGGGACUGUGAAAUGGUGAAUGCUAAUGUUGAACGAUGGAGGAUGCCGGUGUUGGGAAGAUGUAAGCUCAACGUUGAUGCGGCUUUUGAUCAUGGAAGUGGGGACACUGGGUCUGGCUGGGUUUCAGCGAUGGUGGCUCCUGCAACGGUGGCAAGAGAUGCCACUUCGGUUGAAUCAUUGGGAAUUCGGAAGGCCUUGAGUUGGCUGAAGGAAUGGCAAUUGACGGAGGUGGACGUUAAGAUGGAUGCGAUUUAUGCGAAGGUGGUUAUUGAUGCAGUGCAGGGAAACGCGGGAAACUCCUAUUUUGAUUUAAUCAUAGAUUAUAUUAGAAAUAUUGUAGAUUCAAUACAUGGUUUGCAAUUUUGUUUUAUUAAACGUUUAGCGAAUCAGGUCGCCCACGUAUUGGCUGGAAAAUCUGAUUCUCUUACCGAUCGUCUUGUUUGGUUUAAUGUUCCUCCUUUAUUUCUUGUUAGUGUUUUGGAGCUUGAUAAUGAGGUUUAA